AUGGCCCCCAAUUCGAAACUCACGGCUAUGAUUCAGUUCAAGGAGAACGAAUCUAGUACUGAGGACAGUGCCGUAUUUUCUCCUUCGCAACACGCACCUUCCUGCCUCCGCCUUCUCCUGGCGCAAGAGAUGGAAAGAGACGAGUUCCGUGUUGCAGCAGACAGGCUCAAAAGGAAGGUUGACAGACGGCUGCUCGGGAUGGCCUGGGUCAUGCUGAUUUUCAACUACUUCGAUCGAUGCAUUAUAGCGGCGGCUAGAGUUGUUGGCCUUCAGAAGUCUCUGGACAUUGACUCGACCCAGUACGGCAUCGCUGUUGGCAUCCUCUACGUGGGUUAUAUAUUGAUGCAGGUGCCAUCAAAUAUGGUCUUAACCAAGCUUCGGCCCUCGAUCUACCUGCCUUCCUGCAUGGCAAUCUGGGGUGUCAUUUCCGCAUGCACUGGUCUUGUUCACAACGCCUGGAAUCUCUAUCUGAUACGUUUUCUGCUUGGAUUUGUGGAAGCCCCAUUCACGGUUGGGGCUCUUUUUCUGAUAUCGUCUUGGUACACGCGAUCUGAAUUGGGCCUUCGAAGUGCGAUACUGUUAUCGGCUCCGUUGCUGGGCAGUGCGGUCUCCGGCCUCAUUGCCGCUGGAAUCACUGUCCGACUUGAGGGCGCGGGCGGAUUUGAGGCUUGGAGGUGGAUGUUUAUCAUCGGCGGAGUCUCAACAGUUGGGGUCGCUUGCCUCGCUUGUCUUUCUUUACCCGACUUCCCUUCGAAUACUCGCUGGCUCUCGGACAAAGAGCGUGCCGUCGCUGAAUGGAGAUUGGUCCUCGACGCUGGCCAGCUUGAUGAAGAACGCAACAACUCGGAGUCUGGAUUCCACCUGGCAAGAAAAGACGGGCGACUCUUUGUCUUCGCAGCCAUGUACAUGCUCCUUUCGAUGGCUUCAUCAGUGCACAAUUUCUUUCCAUCCGUCGUCCAAACCCUGGGCUUUAAUCGCAUGGCUACUUUGCUGCUCACAUCACCCCCUUAUCUGAUGGCCAUCUUUGUUGCUAUCAGCAACAACUGGUCGGCGGAUCGUACGGAGAACUCUUCUUACCAUGUCAUCUGGCCCCUCGCAGUGGCGAUUAUCGGCUUCAGUAUCUGCGCCGCAACACUCAGUACGUGGCCACGUUAUUUCGCCAUGAUCCUCAUGGUUGCUGGCGGGCACGGUGCCAAUGCGAUUGUUCUUGCAUGGGCUCAAAAGACGAUGAUUCGACCGCGAGCUAAACGUGCCUGCGCACUCGCCUUCAUCAAUGCUACUGGGACACUUGCGCAGAUCUCCACCUCCUUUUUGUACCCGAACCAUUCGGCGCCUCGGUAUAUUAUCGCCAUGUCCGUGAACUCUGCAUCCGUCUUGGGGGCGAUUAUACUUGCUCUCGUUAUGCGCGUUAUUCUCCAGCGUGCCAACAAAAGACUUGAAUGCAGCACAGGUCCAGAAGCAGUGAUGGACAGCGAAGCACAGGCUGAGAUUGCCGGCUUCUCUACUCAGGAGAGGCAAGAAGCAAGAAGACGCUUCAGGUAUAUCACUUGA